AAAAACUGAACGUCAAGUUACUUGUGUUGUCUUAGAAAUUUUAACGGUCCAGUAAUUUAUUUAAAUAAAAAUGAAACUUUUGUGUUUCUUACUAUCAAUUUUCAUUGUAAAUGUUUGGUCAAAUGGCAAAAUGAAGCUUAAGAGGGAGAUAAUCAUUGCAGACAAACUCAUCCAGCAGGCCAUUAAUAUGAAUGAUUUUUUUGUAGAAGAUAAAUUUAUAGCAAAUGGAUUGGAGCAUGUAAUUAAAGCCGUCGUUUUUAAAGAUAAAUAUUCACUAGGUUAUUUGAAUCAUAUGUUCGUUACACCGGAGUGUCUAUACCAUAACAAUAUAGAAGAAUCUGAAACCAUUCAACGCACAUUGCAAAAUGAAAUAAAAGAAGAAUUAAAAAUUGCUGCUCCUGAAGUUUUACCCAAAGAUCUUAACGACUUAGGUUUUAAAAAUCUUGGAGAAAAUAGAAGAAAUCUCACUGGAAAAGCAUUAAGAAAGAUAAUUAUCCACAUAAUAAGCCUGGAAAGCAAGGUUUCGGUGCCACCAAAUCUUGUUGUGGACUUCAGCAAUUUAAGUACAAAUGACCCUACUGGACAUAAUAAUUCGGACCUUAGUGCCGCUCCUACGAAAGAAAAAUCGGAGUUAAAUGACGAUGGAGACGACGGUUAUUGCAUAGUUGAACGCUGUGAAGCCCAAGAUGAUGAAAAGUCUGCACUACCAUCGAUCGGACAAUCAGAAAAAAUUGAACUUAUUGAAAACUAUGUUGGACACGACAGCGUACAACAAUCAAGUGAAGCCAAAGUUAUUGAACAUUGUGACGACCUAGACGAUGAAAAGUCUGCACAACCAUCAAUCGAACGACUAGAAAUAAUUGAAAACUAUAUUGGAAAAGACGUCGUACAACAAUCGAGUGAGUCGAAUAGGAGUAUACACGAAGUGCCAUUAGAGAUGAUGUGUGAACUUAUAGCAUUGCUCUCGUGUACAAAAUUUCCAACAUUAAAUUUGUUCGCUUUUGCUGAUGAAAACCUUAAAACUUGUACUAUAGAAAAUAGUAAAUCAGUACCCGAUAAAAUUACGUACAGACAAAUUGAUGGCAUAUGGUGCCAAGAACUCAAGAAGUUAUUAACACAGGAAUAACAAUUGUAUAACUCUUAAUAAAUAAAUUACGUAAUACUAUUGUUAUUAUAUUUGAAUAUUAUAUGCGUUAUUUAACUUUA